CCACGAUUCUAUUUUAGUGAUUGUUUAGUUCUCGUGCUGAGCUCAAUAAUAUUUUAUCUUUUUGCAAUGAUAAGUUAUCAAGUCCAAUAAAUAUAUAUAUUUAUUCUUAUAUUUUUAUCAGCUCAGUUGCGAAAAUCAUCUCUGAGAAUGAGAGUGAAAAGUCUUCAUUUUUAGCAGGAAAUUUUUUUAUAUUUUGAACUGACGACUGAAUUUUCAAGAGAAAGUGUUGAUAUAUUUUAUAAAAAAUGAAAUUGAUAGUGAUAUAUAUUUAUUUAUUAGUAUUUAUAAUUAUUCCAACGAAGUCGUAUAGAAUAUUGGGAAUAUUUCCCUUUCAAUCGAGAAGCCACCAGAUGAUGUUCGAUGCCAUCGCCAAAGGAUUGGCGAGAAAAGGCCACCGGAUUGAUGUGAUGACAGUUUACCCUCUGAAGAAUCCUCCGGAAAACUACAAUGUCGUAGUUAACUUAGAGGGAGCUGUAGAAAGUCUUGUUAAUAAAUGGAAUGUCAACUUUGCUGCCAACUUGGGCGAUGAUACGUUGCCUAUUAUUGCGGACCUGUAUGGCAAUGGGUUGUGCGAAUACUUGGGACUGCCUGAGGUACAACGGCUCAUUAAGAACCCGCCCAAAGAUCCGCCAUAUGAUUUGGUUAUUGUAGAAUCAUUUGGCGCAGACUGCUUCAUCGGAUUGGGUCAUGCUCUUAAAGUGCCAGUAAUAAUGGCAAGUUCGACAAUAGAUUUGCCGUGGCUGGACAAAGCACUAGGCCAACCAGAAAAUACAGCCUUCUUUCCCGCUUUUUUUACCGGAUAUUCCCAUCCCAUGACAUUAAUUCAACGUCUCCAUAAUACUAUCAAGAGUCACAUUAACAAUUUACGCUUCGACUCUUACACUGAAGACGUGCAAACUUCGCAAAUGAGAAAAUACAUAAGUCCAGAUAUUCCUCCGUUAGCCGAAUUGGAAAAAAACGUUGCAUUGGCACUCGUAAAUUCCUUCCACAGCUUAAAUGGAGUCAGACCACUAACGCCCGGGAUAAUAGAAGUCGCCGGAUUGCACGUACAGGAACAUUAUGUCCCACUACCUCAGGAGCUUGAAAAAUGGAUGAACGAAAGUACUGCAGGGGUGAUUUACUUCACGCUGGGUUCGAUGGUUAAUAUUGAAACCUUUCCUGAAAGUACAAUGCGCGCGUUUUAUUCAGUAUUUAGUAAGCUUGCACCAGUGAGAGUCCUUAUGAAAAUUGGCAACAAAGAUAAACUACUACCUGGACUUCCUGAUAAUGUUAAAAUAUCAUCUUGGAUUCCUCAAGUUGCUAUUCUAGCUCACAAAAAUACAAAAGUCUUUAUAACACACGGGGGUUUAAUGGGGUCACAAGAAGCGCUGACUUAUGGAGUCCCAAUGAUAGGAAUUCCUCUUUUCGGCGAUCAAUUUUCCAACAUGGAAUUUUAUAUGAAACACAACAUGGCUCUGGUGUUGGACAUAAAAAAUCUGACAGAGCAAUCUGUUUAUCCUGCACUCGAUCAAAUGCUCAACAAUCCAAAGUUCAAAAAAGCUGCCGCGUUCGAGUCAGCGCGAUUUCUCGAUCGUCCCAUGAGUGCGAUAGACACAGCAGUUUAUUGGAUUGAGUAUGCAGUAAGAAAUGGUCCCAGUGCCUUGAGAUCACCGAUCGUAGAUAUGCCGUGGUGGCAAGUCGCUCUACUCGAUGUCUACUUUAUAAUACUCGUAUCUCUUAUCAUUGUCGCUGGUCUGAUUGUUUCAAUUCUGUACAUUUCUUUACAUUAUUUAUUUUCAAAACCGACUUUGAAAAAGCGCGCGAAAAAAUUACAUAAGCAAUAAAUUUGUAUUAUUUUCAGUACUGAAUUAAUAAAAUCAAAAUCUACGAAAGAUUGAAUGCGAAAAAAAAAUUAACAAAU